UCAGCAACUGUUUAAACCCGAUACCCCCGGCAGUGAGAUUCAAUUUUAAUUGAAGGCCAAUUUUCUUUUCCAUACAGUCCUCUGUUGCUCUGGCUGAUGUUGAAUGACCAGGUGCAAAGGUGACGUAUGAUAAUAUUUGUCAAACAAGUUUUUGAGAUUUGGUGUGAAAUGUACUGUCAACCAGCUUCGGCUCGAUAGAGGUGUAAAUGAACCUAUUGUAUGCUGAUGUGGAGAUACCGGGCAGUAUAAUAAACUACUGCAGCGYUACUGGUGUUUAAGCAAUCGUGUCGUCAGUCGGGCACUUUGUACCAACGUAGAAGACGUCCGCGUCACUCAAGUUCCAAUACCUGUUUGUAUAACUCCCCUACGAUAUUGAGUACACAGAGAUUUGCGUGAGUACUCGACAGGAGCUGAAAUGAUAGCAGUGAAAAUUUCUACUGUGGUUUUGGCGUUAUGUUUACGUGUUGUAUAUGCUGAUGAGACGAUCGUAGUCAACACCGUACCUAUACAAGUGCCAUAUGGGCGAUCUGUCUUCAUAAACCCAAACACAAAACUAGUCAUAAAGAACCCCUCGAAUGGUCACUGUCGAGUGAGAGUUCUAAGGGAUAAUCCAUUGUCACAACGUAAUGGAUUUCUCUUCCCUGAUGUCUUUCCUUGUGAUUUUAAGCUCGGGGAUGUACGGUACACUCAUCUGGGUUCAAAAUUUCACACAGGAGAUUUCAUCAAGUUACAAGCUCGUGUCGAUACCCAGGAAAGAACAAAGAUUGUUCCUUUUGUCCUGAAAAUCUUUGUACAGUUUACUCCGAUGGAAAUAGUGCAGAAAAAUCUCCCCAUCGUGGUUCCUGAAGUCGGUGGAGUAUCGUCUGCUAUCAAUGAUGAGGUCCUUGGAUUUGUUUAUGCUUCGGAGGGUCACAUUUGUCAUGUUUCACUGCUUCGGUUCCAUGUAGUUCAAGCAGCUCCAAGAUAUGGGGAUCUCCUGAACGUCACGACAGACGGUUCGUCGAGGAAUCGUUUUGAGUGUAACGACUUUCUAACCUCGGAUAUUCGUUACCAUCACCGUAAUCUUCAAUCAUCGAACCGCGACUAUGUUUCACUGGUUGUGGAAAUAUCUGAUAAAACUUUAUCAGUAAUCAAGAGRGAGUACUUUCAAAUUAUUAUCCGCAUUCUUGGUGCGCGCGUUAAYGAAAGGCCUACUGCAUCUUUCGAAGCCUCGAAUACCUUAGAAGUCAAAGAUCACGACCUUGGAGCGAUCACUAGCAGUGUUCUCGCGGCAGUGGAUCUGGAGACAAGACCAGAUGACAUCAUUCUGAAUAUAAGCAAGCCUCUAGGAGCAGAGGAAGGAGAGUUGGUAAGUCUGGAUGAUCCUUAUCGUCCUCUCACAGCUUUUUACCAGAAAGAUAUUCGAGAUUUCAAGAUCGCUUAUCGACCACCUGCGAUCAAAGACGCUAAGCCACACAUGUUUCAAGUGGUGUUUAAUGCCAUAGAUGGCGAGGGCGCGAUCUCUGAUCCCAUCCUUCUUCUUAUCAUGGUCAAGAUGACUGAUAUAAACGCUCCGAUUGUUACCAGGAAUGCGGGCUUGAGUCUCUUCGAGGGGCAAUCACGGCCUUUAUCGAGCGCRCASAGUCUUAAAAUCGCUGAUAAAGACAACAUGAAUGACGUGAGACUCCAAGUUGUUGGGGGACUGCARCACGGUGACCUAAGGAUUAUGGGUAUUAGGAUAACUAUUUUCAUGGCGACGGAUUUGGAUCAUGUUGUGUAUCAUCAUGAUGGCUCUGAAACGUACAGUGAUAAUGUCAUCUUUCGCAUGACAGAUGAGACACAUGUUGUGGAGUUUGUAUUCCCAAUCACUAUCGCUCCGGUUGAUGAUCAAGCCCCGGUGUUGAUAUACAACACUGGACUAGUGCUAGACGAGGGAGACAUGGCAAGGAUUGACCAAUAUAUGCUAAGCGCRAUCGACGUCGACUCUGAUGACAUGAAGAUAAGUUUCAAGGUCAUGUCGUUACCAGUUUCAACUCGGUCACCAACCCCAAAGCCAACCCAGUCGUAUGAACAGGUUGGUAUGCUUUGCCUACGAAGGAGAAUUCUUGAGAGUAGUGAGACAAGGGACUGGGUUCUUCAAGCAGAUGGUUUCUACGAGAAAAACACCACGUUAUUCACUCAAGAGRAUCUCAUAGAAGGACGAGUGUUCUAUAGACAUCUUGGCGGAGAGGCGUUUCAGGACCAAAUCAACUUCGUAGUUUUUGACGACGCUAAAAUACCCAAUAUCUCKCCCAUCCAGGCGUUCAACAUCAUUAUCACCAAGGUUGACGAUCUGGCACCUAGAUUAAUCCCCGGUAGCACUUUAGUUAUGUCAGUUAAUGAGAWUGGGUGGAGCGUUUUAAACAAAUCUGUCAUACAGUACACUGAUAAUGAUUCUGAUGACUUCAAGCUGAUUUACACYAUUUCCAAGCCGCCCUACUUUGUCGACCGAACCAACUCCACUCUCAAAGCGGGGCGUCUCUUCCUGGUCGGCAGCGGUGUUGAAGUAUCCAAGUUUACCCAGAUGGAAUUGAAUCAUGGGAAGGUUGGGUACCGCGCACCUGAUAUUGAGAUAGGUGUCCUUCCAAGACAUGCGCAGUUCGAGUUCUCCGUAUCGGAUCCCGCGGGUAAUAAACUUACAGGAGAGGUGGUGAGUAUUACUUUGAACCCUGUGAAUAACCAAGUUCCGAGCGUGACUGUCAAUCAACUACGAGUACAGGAACUGAACGAAGUYAUUAUCGAUGAAGGAAUACUCAUGUUAAAGGACCAAGACACGCCCAUMGAGCAGAUCYGUAUGUCUUUGACAGUGUUACCAAGGUACGGYKUGUUGCUAAGGGACUUCACUYCUAURAAGARACAUGAUUGGUUCACGAUGGAUGACGUYAGAGGGUUAGCUCUCUCAUAUSAGCAUACUGUAGCAGGCGAAGUGAGCGAUGAGGCUGGUUUGUUAGUAGAUGAUGGGGUCCACAAGAAGGCGGCCRUGCUAGAAAUAGUCAUCACCCCAAAACCCCAAAACCUGUCCACCGUGGCACUGAAUGUCACCAUUAAAGUCAAAGAGCGUUCMAAAGAAAUCCUCAAGCUUCCACACUGYCUAGAAGARGYAGCCACAUCAAAGGACAACGACUCKUCACUUCGUGUGACCAACCCUCCCCGUGUGGGUAGGAUUUUGCUCAAUGAAGUCACAAGUGAAGARUUUCGCGUGCAGGAUGUGAUGAAGGGACUGGUAAGCUAUGAACAUAUCGGUCAGGAGACUGGGAUAGAUGGUGAUGAGGAUYAUUUUGAUCUUGCUUUUGUUAACAAGUCGCUCGUCAUGGAAGGCAGGCUGUACCGAGCACUUGAGGUGAUGACGCUGAUCGUCCCAGUCGAUAAUCAGGCACCACAAGUAACAAUCCAACGACCAAUGACGUUACGCGAAGGAGAAAAGACACRACUCUCGCUACAACACGUGACUAUCACCGACGCCGACACACGUGACACUGACGUCAYAUGUAUGAUUGAYGUGCAACCAACGUCGGGKUUUUUYGAGAACGUGUUGCCGUCACCAGGGUCUGAGAUCAGUAACGUUGGUAAGAGAAUAACAUCGUUCACUGCGCAAGACAUCAAGCAAGGGAAUGUUAAUUAUGUACAGAGUAAACACGAGGGAAGCGAGCCACGUAUUGAUUGGAUGGCGUUCUCGUGCAUGGAUACCAACAACACGUCAUCUCGAUAUCUGUUGAACAUUAUUAUYUUACCAAAGAAUGACGAGGCUCCACAUCUWUAUUACCGGGAUUUCGUAGUCAACGAAGGUGCUGAACUAGUAAUCGAUGUAACGUUACUUAACGCCAUGGAUGGCGACGCACCUCUCGAUGAACUCAUGUUCUACGUCAUUAAUGCUCCUAAACAUGGCAUCAUCACAGACACGCGCAUCGAAGGAAACAUUCCAGUGGAUAAGUUCACCCUGACGCAAAUAAGAAAAUCGACGUCUGUUGUCUACCAGCAUGAUGGUAGCGAGACUUUGGAGGAUUCUUUGACGUUGGCUGUGUCGGACGGUGUUCAUAAUACGACGCAGACAGUACCGAUAAAAAUCGUGCCAGUUGAUGAUGAACAUCCGAGAUUGGAGGUGAACAAGGGGUUACAACUUGCGGCGGUUGGGGAGAGUKAUCUCAUCACUUCACAAAAUCUAAAAGCCACUGAUAUCGAUUCUACGGAUGAAAAUAUUACUUUUGUCGUGCGCGCUGUUCCUGGAGCUGGGUUCUUGCAGAUGUUGCGCGAAGAUGGGUCGAUUCGUAAUCUGACGCAAGGAGAUGUUUUCACGCAACUGGAUAUCAAUAGACGUCUAGUGAUUUAUACGCAUAUUAARGGCAUACCUACUCCUAGAGAUGAGAUGUACUUCGACGUCACUGACGGUCUGAAUAAUCUUCUUCAUCAGGUAUUUUAUGUCUUCAUCAAAGCCGAUGAUCGAACACCCCCGACUGUAAUCAACGAAGGAGCUCGUCUAAGACAAGGCACUCGCGUUACCAUAACAACAGAUUUCCUUUCUGCGCAUGACAUAGGGAGCGAUAACACACGGUUGCGCUAUACGGUGACGAAAGUUCCCUCGGAGGGGCAUUUAGAGCUCAGCGACGCACCUGGAGUCUCUGUAACGUCGUUUACUCAGAAAGACAUCGCGUCUAACAAGCUCUUGUACGUCCAUACCAGUGAUGAGGAGAGCGCUGGCGACAGCUUUGAUUUCGAAGUCACUGAUGGAUCUAGUACGACCAUAACAAGAAGRUUUUUGAUUUCAAUUAUCGAUGUUAAUAACAAGAAACCAGUCGCAUUUYGUAAUACGUUGAGAGUCAAAGAAGGAAGCAGCGUUGCUGUUAGUCCGUUUGAACUGCGCGCAGAGGAUAGAGACACGACACCUGAGUCUUUGGUUUUCACGGUGACGCGCGUACCACUUCACGGAAAACUGUACAAAAGUGGUAUUAGCGUGAGGGAGUUUUCACAAUCGGACGUGAAUAAAGGAUUUAUCACGUAUCUUCACGAUGGAACUGAGACUACCAAGGAUAGUUUCUUUGUGUCUCUUAGCGAUGGAAGUCAUAAAGAGUUCUAUCUGUCACCAAAUACAAAGCUAUCGCGCAGUAAGCCCUUUGAAAUGGAGAUUGAAAUCACCGCAGUGGAUAAUAGACCACCCUUAUUGAUCCAUAACCGGGGCGUCACAGAUCUACAGGUGCUUAAACRAGGUACACUGGGUUUUGUCUUGGACAACACUAUUUUAAAGUCAGAGGACCGCGACAGUAACAAUUCAGCUUUGAUUUAUAGUAUUGAUGAUCAUCCUCUGAAUGGAUUCCUGACUACUUCGCUCUCGACUAAUACAAGCUUAGAUACAUUCACUCAACACGAUAUUGAUUCUUUGAGGAUAAGAUAUGUCUUGUAUCCUGGCCUAAACGUCACGUCAGAUGUGUUCACAUUUUCGGUGAUCGACCCUGCCGGGAAUACUCUUCCACGACAACAGUUUAGUAUCGUUUGGGCGCGAGUUUCUUUCACCAUUGAUUCCUACAAAGUCAAAGAGACAGAAGAGUCGCUCGUUGUCACCUUACAGCGCGAAGGCUUUCUCGGAGAUUCCUCAUUUUUGCGCAUGGCAAUGAUAGGGAACACUGCUGACCUGCGCGAAGAUUUUUCUGCCUCGACGACGAAUGUGCAGUUCAGUCCGGGACAAAAUAAGGUCAUGUGGAAGCUGCGUAUUAUUGACGACAGGAAGUAUGAAGCUAACGAGAMGCUAAGCUUGCAGCUUACUAGUCCAAGGGGAUGUGUCAUAGGAGCUAGGAAUACGACACUGGUCACUAUAGAAGAUCCUGAAGACUUACCCAUGCUUGAGAUGGUCACUCCUCAUCGCGUGGUCCAGGAAGGAGUGGGACGAAUGAAUGUGGAGUUGAGAAGGACUGGUGACUCGUCAACAAGCCUUCAAGUUUUGUGUGUUACUCGCUAUAAGAACGAACCAGGUUGGGCUAUAGGUAGUUUCCCGACCAGCGUUCUUUCUUAUUCUGACUUCAUCGUCCGAGAAGACGAACAAGACAGUCUCAUAACUCUAGAAAAGGGAGAAGUACGAAAGCUCUGCCCGGUUGUGAUCAUAGACGAUACGUUAUACGAGGAAGAGGAAAAGUUCAUUGUUGAGCUGAUGUCAUACAAGGGUAGUCACGUGAACAGUCAGUAUAACACUACUGAAGUGGUUAUCUCUCCUGAUAGACAAGACGUGCCAGUUGUAGAGUUCAAAAAACAAAGCGUCUCAAUUAAAGAAGACGUUGGUCUGUUGAAAGUCGAGUUGAUUCGCACUGGAGACCUCAGGUACUCUUCUCGCGUGAGGUGCUAUACACGACAAGGUACCGCCAAAGCUGGCGAGGAUUUCUCCGAAAGAACUAACACAGAUCUCUACCUCGUAACGUUUAACCAUGGGGACGCCACCAAGAAUUGUGAAGUCAUKGUUACUAACGACUUGGUGUAUGAGGGUGAGGAACGAUUCCGAUUGGUUGUUGAAUCGACCAAUCACAAUGCUCGUGUCGGAAGCAAGAACACUACGAUUAUUWCUAUUGAMGAUSMUGARGAUGAACCACUCAUCCAGCUAACAGAAGACCGCAUAUUUGUCGAUGAGCCCGCGAGCAAGRGGCAGAAUACCCACGUGACAGUUGCUGUGCAACGUACAGGAGAUCUGAGCCAAAGGUCUCGCGUAAGGAUCUUCACCGUUGACGGGACAGGAAAAGCUGGUCAAGAUUAUCAACCAUUUACGAAGGUUUUGUCGUUUUCUGGUAACGAAACGAGCCACGAAGAGCAAAUARAAAUACUGUUCAACAAAAACCGCCAAAUGCGCCGUGCCUUCCACGUGUACAUMUCGUCAGACCUGACACGGUCUAGCAGCCUGGGACGAAAGAAGACAAUAGUAUUCAUCGACAAAACAGUCAUGACGUCAUCAGCUACCUUCCCUUUGAUGCCCAAAGUCGUGUCGCUUCGUCAUUAUGAUAAAGUUAAUGGAUUUGUUGAAGAGAUCCCGCUUGGGUAUCCUGUGGUUUGCGUAACGGCUUGUGACCCGAAAUUCUCUCGCUACUCAGAGACAGGGUCGAUGUGCGCAUCACAGAACAUCGACAACACGUUAACGCAAUACCGUUGGCAGAUCGCUAGGUCAACUGAGCAUGCGUUUAUGGAUGUAACCGCUGACACUUUCUUCACCUACACUGACCAAGUCACCCUGGACAGUAUAUACUUGAUACCGGGAUCUCGCGUGCGAUGCGUUGCUCGUGCGGUGACAGCAAAUGGGGAGCCUGGGCUGGAAUCUACGAGUGUGGCAGUUACUGCACAAACAAAGAAAGGGUUAUGUCAAUCACGUGAUUCGAGUCACGUGGGAUCUGAACCUUUUACAGCGAGUAUUGCAUUCASUGGCGCAAGGAAUGAUGGGAAAGACAACAUGGUGCAUAUCAAGAUACAAAUCCCCCAUACUGACGGGCUUAUUCCUAUCAUAUCGACACAAAUGCCGGAUAUACGGGAAAUGAUUUCCCCCGGGGCUCUACGAGUUGCGCAGCAUAAGUGYUCAAAUGUCCUUGACAAGGAUGAAAUUACCACCUCCUUUGGUUUUCUUCAUAACGGCAUCAAAGAUGCAGGGGUCAUCACAGAAGCAGAACCUUACCAGUUUAGUUCACAACUGCGAGGGAACACCACGGUGCAAUUUUACAAGAACCUCAACCUUGAGUCAUGUGUUUGGAGUUUUGAAAGUUUUUUCGACAUUUCUGAAUUGAUUCAGCUGUGUGGUGCAAGCCUAAUCACUGGCCGUCAAGUAAAAGGCUUAACACAGUCACAGCUGUCUUUACGAGUUCCACUCUACGUGUCUUACGUUUACCGCUCACGAACAUCRCACACCGAUUGGCUGCACUACGACCAUGCUAUGUUCUUGCGCCUGACUUUGGUGUAUGAUACCGCUGUACUUCUUAAAGAUGGUGUGCAGACUCCUGAAGGCUCGAUCGUAAGCGGAAGUCUUUGGCCAACGAGCAUUGGGAUAAGAGAAUCUGAUAAAAAUUUGGUAGUGAAAUUUAAGACUAAAACAAAAUUCCGAGGAACAUUUUUACUACAGAAAGAAGAUUUCACGGCCAUGRUCAUAUCACGUGAUCACCCCCAGCUGACCUUUACCCUCACACUUCUGUCGAGUCAGCAGUCAUACGAUAACCCUGUCCAGCGAUGGCAGUUUACGUCAGACUACUCUGCAAAGGACUACACUGGGUCAUACUACAUUAAACUAAURCCAUGCGUUGCUAGCAUAGACACAGUUUACUCGAAGCCAUUGGUCUGCAAUCCCAAGGAACCAAUCACUUUCAAUCUACCAAUCAGGUUCCAGCAGAUUCCCGACCCAGUCCCUGCGCGCUUUACCCUCUCCGUCAACUUCGAUCUGAUGAGUGAGAAAAGCUUAUGGCUGACCGGCAAAGUACUGAAUGCCAGCGAGAGGGAACUGGAUGCUGCUUUCUCUCGAGACUCUAAGAUCUAUGGUCGUAUCAUGCUGGAUCAAGGAAGAAGGAAUAGUGGUGUGGAGUCUGGGUAUCAAGUCUUCACAGAGAAGGUGUUCCUCUGCAGUAGUGAGGGGGAAUACACACCUUCUUACGACCCGGUGAAAAAACAGUUUGGGUGCCUUGAAGACUCACAUUAUCUAGUACAUCGUAUUAAAGUCUUGGACAGAGAGUCACCAAGCUCAGUGUCCAGUAAACUCGGUAAAGCAGCUUUUAACGCCAAAUUUGUGUCAGACGAUGCUGAAGCUAUUGAACUAGCACAACGAUCAGAUGCAGAUGGCUUCACAUUGAAUUCUGCUCCGCUCUUUGAGGUCCCACGACCACAGAAGUGGUUCAUGCACGCGGUGUAUUCAGUCAGCUCUCAUCCUCGCAAGAAACAAAGAAUCCCACGUGAUACUCUUGAUUCCCCGCUUACUUAUCACGUGAUUGAUCAAACGGAUUUCGAUCUCCAUGGUUCUGAGCCUGCGCAACACGUUGGUAGUAGUCAUCAGUCAUAUAGAAAAGGUAUGCGCGUGCGCAGGCAAGAGAGCGAUGGUGCCUCGUUAGGAGUUGGAACAGGAACAAAUAUGAAGAUGAUACGAUUGAUUUACGAAUCGAUGGACGAAACGAAGUCGACGGGCCGCCUGGCCAAAACGAACGAUUCUUUGAAUAAAGACAAUCAGGGUCUUGUGAACCCGCUGGUUAUUGGUAUCGCGGUAGUAUGCGUGGUUCUUCUCGUCGCUCUUGUGGUUGUAUGGACGUUAUACAAGCGAAAGAACCGACGGGAACUGCCUGUUGAAACRAACACAGAUAGCGUGAGUACACCACAAAGUAAAGGUACCUUGGUAUAGAUCUAUGGAUGUUACUAUGACGACUGUCAAUUUUGUAUAAAAUAUCGUAACCUCAUUUAUCUUUAAAGAGUUAAGACCUUUUGAGAUUGGGCCCCCUGUGGUAGGAGAAUAACUGGCACAGGAAGCCCAACCAAAGUAAAUCAUAUAAUACAAAAGAUACCUUUAAUGGAGCUCAAUGUUGUCAUGACGAUUAUGUAUGUUAAAUAAAACAACUUAGGUAGAUCAA